CAAAGCCAAAUAAGAAGAAAUGUACUACCUCGGAUGUUUCCGUGUCUUCAUCUCAUGUGUUGUUCUUUUUAUUGUUCAGUCAAGUGAUGGUGCUGAGAUUAUUGGAGGGAAUGAAGUCAAGCCACACUCACUGCCUUUCAUGGCUCUCCUUAAGGGUAACAAGGGCUAUUGUGGAGGGAUACUAAUUGAUCAAGCAUGGAUCCUGACUGCUGCUCACUGUGAUAAAAUUAAGAACGUGUUGCUGGGAGUGCACUCCAUCAGUAGAGAUAAAAAAAACUUCAGGCAGAACCAAAAGGUGAAAAAACGUUUUCCUCAUCCCCGCUUUGAUGCAAAAGACAGGGUCAAUGACCUCAUGUUACUCAAGCUUAACAAGGAAGUGAAGAAAACCGAGACGGUUAAUUGGCUCAAGUUGGUCAACACUGUCAAAGAUCCUGCAGCUGGAAGCAUCUGUGUGGUGGCUGGAUGGGGAACAACUAAAAGCAAUGUCAAGCAAAUGUCAGAUGUCCUGAGGUCUGUCGAUGUAACAGUGAUUGACAGAGUGAAGUGCAACUCACGUGCCUAUUACAACCACAAACCUGUUAUCACCAGCAGCAUGAUAUGUGCUGGCUCAGAGAAAGCAGAUACCUGUGCGGGAGAUUCAGGAGGACCGCUGUUGUGCAAUGGUGUGCUAACAGGAAUCACUUCCUUUGGAUCUAAGAAGUGUGGUAAACUCCCUGGAGUGUUUGCUUUUCUGUCAGAUGAACAACUCCAGUGGAUCAAAAAAACUAUGACUCAAAAUUAGAUCUCUCUCUGAGUCUUUUUCCUUCUUAAACUUCUACUAUCUGUUAAAUAUUUGUUUUUAUUGCAUAAAUAGUUUUUUUUUUGUCACCAAUGGUCUGCAUUUAUAUGUGUCUAUAUUUUGAGGUUUAAAGGAUUUUGUUAAAGCAGAUAAGAUUUCUCUAAGAGUCUUACUUGACAUGGGUGUUCUCAAACAGUGGAGCAGGCCCCACUGAUGGGGCACAGUGGGAAAAUAUCGGGUGAAAUUAAGUUGAAUCAAUAUGACUGGAAAGCUGUAUUUUUGCUAUAAAAGAAAAUUGAGCAUUUUUUGAAUAUCUGCCAAAAACUAGCGGUCUAAACCUUUUUAAAAAAUAGUAAAAGAAAUGGGAUAAAA